AUGGUAUCCUUCAGUCACCUAUCCCGCCUCGCGCUGGCGUUUCCCGUCCUGGUCGCUGCGAUUCCCCACGACCUGGCCAGAUUUCCGUCCCUCAGAAUCCACAACCACUGCCUCGAUGCUCCAGUCUGUUCGGCACCUAUCCUACCGGAAAUUGCACCCGCGUAUAGUUUCGCAAUCGCGCCCGGUACAAGCUACAACCAACCGUUGACACCGGAAUACCUGAACGGCCUAGGCGCCACGAUCCAGUGCAGCCGCGCUGGCUACGAAGGCGUCACAGGAAUCGAAUGGACGCGCGAGCCUGCGUUAGGCAAGCUGUCCAUCAAUCUGUCCAACGUGAAGGGCAAAGUCUUCUCGGACCAUGGCCAAAGCAUGUACAUGCAUGGGUAUGACGUCUGGGGAUCGUGUGGUGACGCGAUCUGCGGAGCAGGUGAUUACGACUGUAAAGAUAUCUACGAGGUUCAUGACGAUGCUCGAGGCAUGAGGACGUGUUCCGCGGACACGUGGGUAGAUUGGCAUUUGUGCGCUGGUGAUCCCGACAGUCGCGAAGAGCCGCCAUUGCUGCCCCUGGAUGGUCAAAGCCAGCAACCGGAGCCAGAGGAACCCGAGCCUGUUGAACCAGCGCCCGAAGAGCCCGAGCCAGAGGAGCCAGAGGAGCCAGAGCAGCCAGAGCAGCCAGAGCAGCCAGAGGAGCCCGAGGAGCCAGAGGAGCCAGAGGAGCAAGAGGAGCCAGAGGAGCCAGAGCAGCCCGAGGAGCCAGAGGAGCCCGAGGAGCCCGAGGAGCCAGAGGAGCCAGAGGAUCCAGAGGAGCCAGAAGAACCAGAGGAACCAGAAAGCGAGGAGUCAGCGCCCGAAGAACUAGAAGCGGAGGAGCCAGUGCCCGUUGAAACACAACCGGAGGAGAAUGAUGCAGAACAGGAUGAGGCAGAAGGAGAACAGCAGGAAUAA